AUGACCAACAAAGAUCCCGCCCUCAAAUCAGAGUUGGUAAUUGGCACUCGGAACUCCAAAUUGGCCGUGGUGCAGGCUGAGCGUGUCUCACAAGCACUAGCGGAUGCCCACCCGCAGAUCAAAUUCCCAUGGCAGCCAAUUGUUGUACGUGGGGAUGCUGAUAAAACAACCCCCUUUCUCAAGUUCGGUGGGCCAUCCGACGCUGCAAAGAACAUCUGGACCGAGGAGAUGGAGACCAAACUGUAUGCCGGCGAGUUAGAUCUCCUGGUGCACUGCUUGAAGGAUAUGCCGACCAACCUGCCAAGCAAAUGCAUUCUUGGGGCAAUUGUGCAUCGUGAAGAUCCCACAGAUGCCCUGGUCAUCAAGGACAGUCUUCGAGAACAAUAUACGGACCUGGCUCAGCUUCCCCGUGGGGCGGUAGUGGGGACUAGUUCCACGCGACGCAAAGCACUGAUCAAAAGCAAGUACCCAUAUUUAAUAGUGGAGGAAUGUCGUGGUAAUCUCGACACCCGUCUUCGAAAGCUUGAUGACCUGGAGGGUCCGUACUCUGCUAUUAUCGUCGCCACGGCAGGUCUGAACCGCAUCAACUUAUCUCACCGAAUUACCAAGACCCUGUCGGCAUCUGAAUUUCCAUAUGCAGUGGGCCAAGGCGCGCUGGGUAUUGAGGUCCGCGCUGAUGAAUCCUCAACGCUGGGGGUUGUUCGCAAGAUCGAGGAGCUCCCGACCCGCUGGAUUUGCCUCGCGGAGCGAGCAAUGCUACGCACACUCCAGGGCGGAUGCUCCUCCCCAGUGGCAGUGAAUUGUAUUAUAGAAAACCAAGGCGAAAUCCCAGAAGCUGGUCUUCGCCUGCGACUAGAAGGUACCAUUAUCCAUCCUCAUGGGUUGAGCAAGGUAUCUGCCUCGGCAGUCCUAAAUGUGAGCAGUGAUACUGAAGCGGAGGCUCUCGGUGCCACGGUGGCUAAGCGACUGGAGGAUAAUGGAGGGCGAACUCUGUUGAAUGAAAUCAAUAUUCUGCAGAAAAAUGCGCUGGAGAAGGCUACUGGUGCCUAA